AUGAAUAAAAAUUACGUUAAAAAAACGACAAAAAAACGACAAAAAAACGACAAAAAAUUAGAGUUGUCAAAUCAACAUAAAACAAAAAAAAACCCCUCGCAUACCCGCACCCAAACCCAUUUCACACCCAUCUGUUUCAUAUACUGUGGAGUGCACAUCCUGUUUCAGAUUUACCCUGUAAUGACGUUCAAAAGAAACCACGACGCCAGACACAACAACGCAAACUUCGACCGGGGCGAAAAGCCAAAGGCUCUUGACCCCGACAGAACUCGUCUGGAUUGGCUGGACCGCCCGGAAAGACCCGACAGAAGCGAUAGACCGUACCACAACCGAUACAACAACCAAUCAAAUCGGCCCCAGGGCGGCUCAUCGAAGCAACACGAGGGUUAUCAGGGGAACCACUAUCGCCGGAAUGACCGUAGAGAGUAUUAUGGUUCUUAUUACAACGAGCAGGGGUAUGCAUCUCAGGAUCGAGGAUACUCAUCCAUUAAGCCACCAAACGGCAGCUGGCGCCGCAAACAGAACGGCAACCAGAACCAGAACCAGAGCCUGCAGUACGACCAAUACCAGGGAAACAAGCAUCGUUCUUCCGGCGGCGAUGACCGUCGUUUCAACCUGAAGUAUUCCAGACAGGAUUCCUACGGCAAAGACCACCGUGAGAGACCGGCGUACGACUCCAACCUGCAGAAAUAUGCUGGCAGUGGUCACGCACAACAGCUGAAACUGUCUUUUUCUGUGAAACUGUCGCUGCCGCAAGAAGCUGAUGGCGGGAAAGAUCUGGAUGCUGUAGCAAAGGUCACAUCCUUUAGAUCCUCUAAAACUAAUAGUCCCGGCACAUCGAAUGAUCAAACGGAGAAGACAGAGGACACAUCGAAGACUGCCUCUGAAAGUAUAGGUGAUGCUCCAAAGAUUGCCCUUGAAAAGACUAAUGAUGCCUCUAAUAUCACUCUUGAAAAGACUAAUGAUGUCUCCAAGAUUACUCCUGAAAAGACUAAUGAUACUUCUAAGGUCAAUCUCGAAAAGACUAAUGAUACCCCAAAGGUCUUACCCGAAAAUGCUGGUGACACCCUAAAGAUUACCCCGAUUAUUCCCGAGAAGACUGGCGAUGCCUCGAAGAUUGUAUCUGAAAAGACAGAUAUUAAUGAAAGUGAAAAGCGCACAGAAGCACAGUCGCUCAAGGACUCGGCGCCUACACCACUAAUUCUGGUGUCAUCACAACAGAGUGCCGAAGUUAGCACCCCCGAAACUAUUGUGGUUACUUCAGCUCAGCCUCUGGAGUUCACGGAUCCAGUUCAAAUUUUGAGCAGCUUCUCAGCUGGCCUGAGAGCUGAUAGCGAGUAUAGAUUAGAGGACGACUCUGAUGCUGAGACGGUCAUUUCUGAUUCUCAGCCAUCGUCUCUUCUCAAACCCUUAAUGAGGAGCCGUAGUAGAGACACCACCCGUAAGGCAUUGAAGCGAAAGGCCAUAUUCUCAUCCGAUGAGGAAGAUUCUGAUACGGAGGCUUCGGUGAAAAGCAUGAAGCAUCAUAAAACAAACCAGUCUAAGCCUCAUGAUUCUGUACCCGCUGAGGAGCCAAUUGACCAAGACCACGAUCGCGAACCUAAACGCAAGACUUCGACCACCACGGAGCUGCAAUCUUCGAAGUCGAAGAAGACUCAAACUUAUAAGAUAAAGCGCGACUCCACCGGUAGAUCGCAGUUGCAAAGGGCCUGCAAGAAAGGUGACUUGGAAGAAGUCAACAGAUUCAUUGAACGGGGCGCCGAUCCAAAUGAAUGUGACUUUGGAGGCUUCACGUGCCUUCACGAAGCUGCUUUGGCUGGCCAUACUGAUAUUGUGCACGUUCUUAUCCAAAAUGGCGCCGAUGUAAAUAAACAAGCUUCGGAGGCAGGUGAUAUGGAAACGCCGUUGAUGGACGCUUGCGAAAACAAGCACUACGAGACAGUGCAACUCCUUUUGCAACAUGGCGCGGAUCCCAACAUAUGUAAUUUGGAUGGCCAUUCAGCUUUCACAAAGUUGCAACGACUCCUGUCGGAGGACGACUCGUAUGAUUCCAUAUUGGAGCUUCUUGAAAAGCAUUUAUCUCAGUGUUCAGACCCUCAAAUGAAAAUUAGAGCCAGUUUGGCAAAGGCUCAGGUAGAUGACCCCUCAGAGUCCUACUUCAAGGACCUCAUCAAGAAGAAGUACAAUAACAUCUACCGCUUUGCUGCUCAAGGAGAAAAAGAGGCCACUGCAGAGUAUUUCAUUACUCAUGCUCUUGACUUAGCCAAAAUGCCCGAUAUUCUCAUUCUUGCUGCAAGAAACGGACAUAUUGAGCUAGUUGAUAUAUUACUCGGCUUGAAUCCAAACCAAUUCAAUAUAAAUCAGAAGAACAAGGCGGGCGUCAAUGUUCUUCACGCUACGGUCGGAAGAGGACUCACAAACGUUGUCAAAUCACUUCUUUUGAAGGGAGCAGACCCUUCAAUCACCCGCGGUGGAGAUUCCAAAAAUGCGUUGGAAAUUGCAGAGUCAUCUGCGCGGUACGAUUUGAAAGAGAUAUUGUAUCUCCAAAAGAGAAUAUCUGAUCCCCAAGCCAACUUGGAUGAAGAUAUAACAGCUGAAAGCGCCGAGCUCGCAGGCGAGAUCGGCCAUACUUCAGACACAAUUAAUGUUGAGAAAAAGGAGACGUUUUCCUCGAGUCAAGUUUCCGAGUUGCAAAACGAAGAAAUGCACACGGAUCCACAAGAUGCUGACGCCGAGCUUCUGAGGAUUUUGGAAAGCACCCCAGAAGAAAGACCAGAAUCUGUCUCGACUCAUAAUACUGCUGAUCCACAAAUUGAGAACCCUGUUGCACACCUGCAAGAGGAACAGGAGACAGGUGGUACAAAUGUCGCAGUCAAAUCUGAGGUCGAGACUGAACAUGAAUCCGGUAUCAAGGAAGUAAACGAAGCGAGAAGCGACUCCGAGAACGAGAUGGAUACAAGGAGCGUCGAUGAAUCGAGAACCACGGAGCAAGAACCGGAGAACAGCAAAGAACUAGAAGAGUUCAAGUUGAGGGCUGCGGAAGAAGCCAAAGUCUGGCAAGAGAAAAUGCUCGCCAAGAAGAGAGCCAGAAAGGAAAUGUUCUUGCAAGCUGAGAAAGAGAAAGAGAAGAGACGCAAGGAGGAGGAGGAACGGCGGAUCCAGGAAAUGAAGGCCCAAGAGGAACGCAAGAAACAGGAAAUGGCCCAGCUCGCACUAGCAGCAAAGAAAGAGGCCCUUGUGUUCCAACAAAAACAGGCGGCGUUUGAAGUGCAGCUUGUUCUUCUGAGAUACCCCAUCGGGUUGCAAGAGGCACUCUUUGAUCGGACCAGCGCGCGGGUCCGCGUCUCGAAAUUUGGCCCUCUCUACAUAUUCAAAAUAGGCGAAGUCGAGCUGGUCGUCGAUUUGCAGCUUUCACUCUUACUUUCGCACAGCGUGAGCGACUUGCAUAGGUCUCUUGCUGAGUCUGUGGGAGAAGAACUCGACAUGGAGUCCAAGAACAAAUUGUGGCUGCUCUUCUUCAACAUGAUUGGCGUGAGCAGGCUCGGCGUCGCCGAGAAAAACGGCCGGGAGAAGUUCUGUGACUUGAGUCUCCACUGGAUCAAGUUGAGUUCUGCAUGCCAAUACAUGGAGGAGCACAACCCAGAGAUCUACAGCAUGGUCUGGGAACAGAAACAGACCACGAGGGUGAACUUGGCGGCCAUUGAGUAUCGCGCGCUGCACGCGGACUGGAUGCCGAAACCGACCGAGAGCGACCAGGAGCUCGGGUUUGUUCCACCCAAGUUGAAGAAGCGCCAGGAUGUGGUGCACACCAUCCACACCGCCGGGAACUCGCUCUGGUAG